UCUUGAGCCCGUGGCUGUCCAUCUGGCUGGACACAGCGGCCAAUCGCGACGGACAGGCUCAGCCCGACCAACAAAGCGAGGGACGGUACAAGGGAGCGGGAAUCACUCGCCAACGGCGAACGGUAGUCGUAGCCGCAAGCGGUCGCGCGAGCAGCGUGACGCAUGGGAGGUGAAUCCUUUACCUGCGCAGCCCAAGCGUACGAGGACCAACAGUGAGCGCCAACCUGAAUCUAUUUCAGGAGGGAGGAACCGAUCCACUGGAACACGAGCGGCUGCUGGAAAGCGGAGAUGAAAGGGCUGGUAUGUGUGGCACGUACCGGAGUUCACACCUCUCUGUAGCACUCAUAUACAUCGGGAAUGGUUCUUUUGUACUGGAAUUCUACUACCAUCGCUCAGACCAACUGUUUGCCAACUGUACCAAAUUUCUUACUCCUGCAUUAUUCGACAUAGAGUACAUCGUUAGCCACCCUAUGAUAGUCUGUGGUUCAUUGGCGUUCGCGCUUGAAUCUCGGACCAAGCUUCGCGUAGCGACGUACCACUUACCAGAUAUGAUAUCGAUGACCGAGUAACAUGGCCAAUAGACAAGGUCUUGUGGC